AGGGCGCAUGUGUACAUUGUGACCAUUGAAGUAAUAUGAGAGUGUUAAAGAGCAAUUUUCCUCCACUUCUUGUGAUACGUCUACCUCCAGUAGCACCCCACGAUGGGUCAGAGUGAUUCCAGCUUUGCUGUCAUCUACACGCUUUGGCGGUAGAUGAGAUGGUGCAACAGUGUCACAUUCGCUUUCAACACAUAAGGGCACCAGCAUGUCCGGAAGGCUUCAAUUAAAGUAUGCGUCCACCGGACUUGGAGGACCCCCAAAUUCCACCACAGACGACAGGGAAACGUGGGGUAAAAAAGUUGAUUUCCUUUUAUCCGUUAUUGGAUUUGCUGUGGACUUAGCAAACGUUUGGCGUUUCCCUUAUCUUUGCUACAAAAAUGGGGGUGGGGCUUUUCUGGUACCUUAUUGCAUCAUGUUAGUGAUUGGAGGCAUUCCACUGUUUUACAUGGAACUAGCUUUAGGGCAAUUUCAUCGAAAAGGUGCCAUUACAUGUUGGGGCCGUCUAUGUCCACUUCUUAAAGGUAUAGGAUAUUCUGUUGUACUAAUAGCAUUUUACGUUGAUUUCUAUUACAACGUCAUUAUUGCAUGGGCUUUGCGAUUUUUUCUUGCUUCGUUUAGUACAUUGCUUCCAUGGACGUCCUGCGACAAUCCUUGGAACACACAGUACUGCAAACCUUUUGAUUUGUAUAACAGAACUCAAAACGAGACUACAAACAUUGAUUUAUCGGAUGAAGAAUCUCGAUUUGCUUCGGCUGCGUCGGAAUAUUUCAAUCGCGCAAUUCUAGAAUUACAUAGAAGCGAGGGUAUCCACGAUCUCGGCGAAGUCAAAUGGGACCUGGCACUUUGUUUGUUGGCAGUGUACAUCAUUUGCUAUUUUUCUUUAUGGAAAGGCAUAUCGACUUCAGGCAAAGUUGUUUGGUUUACGGCACUUUUUCCUUACGCAGUUUUGUUGGUAUUGUUAGUAAGGGGUGCUACUUUACCUGGAUCAGCCGAUGGUGUCAAAUAUUACUUGUACCCCAACUUUUCCGUUAUUACAAAGGCAGACGUAUGGGUUGACGCUGCCACUCAAGUUUUCUUUUCGUUAGGGCCUGGAUUUGGAGUACUAUUGGCUUAUGCAUCAUAUAAUAAAUACCAUAACAACGUAUACAAGGAUGCCCUUUUAACUAGUGUUAUCAACUCGGCUACAAGCUUCGUGGCCGGUUUCGUAAUAUUUUCCGUUUUGGGUUACAUGGCCAGAACUGCCGGUGUACCGAUAGAUCAAGUGGCAACAGAAGGACCUGGUUUAGUCUUCGUUGUGUAUCCUGCUGCUAUUGCUACGAUGCCUGGUAGCCAAUUUUGGGCCCUCAUUUUUUUUAUGAUGCUUUUAACCUUAGGACUCGAUAGUUCCUUCGGCGGAUCAGAGGCAAUAAUAACGGCACUAAGUGACGAAUUUCCGAAAAUUAAAAGACACCGUGAAAUUUUCGUUGCUUGUUUAUUCACUUUGUAUUUUAUGGUGGGAUUGGCUUCGUGUUCUCAAGGAGGAUUUUAUUUUUUUCAUUUGCUGGAUCGUUACGCCGCUGGAUACUCCAUGCUUUUCGCCGUUUUCUUUGAAACCAUUACCGUCUCGUGGAUAUAUGGAACUUCGCGAUUUUGUGACGAUAUCCGAGAUAUGAUAGGUUUCUCCCCGGGACUGUAUUGGCGAUUCUGUUGGAGAUUUGCAGCUCCUUUGUUUUUGAUAUUUAUUAUUGUCUAUGGCCUGCUAGAUUAUGAACCGCUCAGUUACGAGGGCUACGUUUACCCCAGUUGGGCUAAUGCUCUUGGUUGGACCAUUGCUGGUUCUUCUGUUGCUAUGAUUCCAACAAUGGCGCUUUUUAAACUGCUUACAACUAAAGGCUCUUUCUUAGAGAGAAUUAAAAUACUAACGACACCGUGGUGUGACGAGACAACGACAACAGUCCCUGUAAACGGCAUUGUGCAAUCUGAAAGUACUGAAGUUCGAUUGGCAUCGGCGAGACAAUCCGGGGACGAUCAAAUCCCUGUAACCGACGUUUGAGGGAAGACGUGGAAACUAACAAUUUUACCUUCACAUUUUAUGAGACAAUGGUCCACUUUAAUGUACGAAUUUUUUAAUUUUUUGAUUACGUAUUGAGCAA